CGAGACCCCUUCUAGGUUUAAAAAGAGUCGCUGCAUUCUCAGACUGACAGUCAUUCAGCACUCACUGCCACCUUUAAAACAGAUUUACUCCGUUCGCUUAGCUGCUAGUGUCAAUACCCGAUACCUUGUUCACUUGUUCACUUCGUCUCCAGUACCAUGCUCAGGAUGCUACAGACUCUCCAGCCCGGGAUGCUUCUACUAUUGAUAUGGCUCUGUCAUUUCAUGGAAGAUCAAAAAGUACAAGCUGGUAACUGCUGGUUACAGCAAGGGAAGAACGGAAGGUGCCAGGUACUCUACGUACCGGGGAUGAACCGAGAGGAAUGCUGUAGAAGCGGGAGGCUGGGGACGUCAUGGACCGAGGAGGACGUACCUAACAGCACGUUGUUCCGGUGGAUGAUCUUUAACGGCGGAGCACCCAACUGCAUACCCUGCAAAGAAACGUGCGACAACGUGGACUGUGGACCUGGAAAGAGAUGCAAGAUGAACAGAAGAAGCAAGCCACGCUGUGUCUGCGCGCCAGACUGCUCCAAUGUCACUUGGAAAGGACCUGUCUGCGGGUCGGAUGGAAAGACAUACAAAGACGAGUGUGCGUUGCUCAAGUCCAAAUGUAAAGUCCAUCUGGACCUGGAAGUGCAGUACCAGGGCAAAUGCAAGAAGACCUGCCGUGACGUUUUAUGCCCAGGAAGCUCCACGUGCGUCGUGGACCAGACAAAUAACGCAUAUUGUGUGAUGUGUAAUCGGAUCUGCCCUGAACAGAGGUCACCGGAUCAGUUCCUGUGUGGCAACGACGGGAUCAUCUAUGCCAGUGCAUGCCAUCUGAGGAGGGCGACAUGUCUCCUGGGCAGAUCCAUAGGAGUAGCAUAUCAGGGAAAAUGCAUCAAGGCCAAGUCGUGCGAGGACAUCCAGUGCAGCGCAGGGAAGAAGUGUCUGUGGGACGCCAGGAUGAGCCGAGGUCGCUGCUCCCUCUGUGAGGAGGCGUGUUCGGAGAGCCGGACGGACGAGGCGGUUUGCGCCAGCGACAACACCACCUACCCCUCAGAGUGUGUUAUGAAGCAGACUGCCUGCUCUCUGGGAACACUCCUGGAGGUUAAGCAUUCAGGAUCUUGCAACUGAUUCUGCUGCCAAAAAAAGACCUUUCAACCCUCAGAUCGCCCCGCACACUCCCAUCCCCACCCUGCGUCACCCCCUGCUCUGCUGUCAUAGCCCUGACUUCCUAGACCUUAGAUUAUGUAAACCACGAUUCAUCAUUAUGGGAUGGAUGACUCAGUGCCAAGUCCCCUCUCAGCCCUGAAACAUAACAUCACCAAAAGGCUAUACGGGGCUUCAUGGAGGGAUAUGGGGCUUCAUGGAAAGAUAUGGGGCUUCAUGGAGGGAUAUGGGGCUUCAUGGAGGGAUAUGGGGCUUCAUGGAGGGAUAUGGGGCUUUUGAGAACGUUAAGUAAAUAUUAUUCUGCUACAUUGCUGUUGUGGUCCUUAUUUAUACAACAGCUACCAUAUAUUCUCCCAUCUAGCCAUUACAGAAGCCCCGGAGGAAGAGGAGGAGGAGGAGGAGGAGGAGGAGCAGGAAGAUCAGGACUACACGAUUUAUAUCCACCUGUCCUCCUUAUUGGAUGGAUAGGCUGUCUAUCAUAUCCGCCUGUCCUCCUUAUUGGAUGGAUAGGCUGUCUAUCAUAUCCACCUGUCCUCCUUAUUGGAUGGAUAGGCUGUCUAUCAUAUCCGCCUGUCCUCCUUAUUGGAUGGAUAGGCUGUCUAUCAUAUCCACCUGUCCUCCUUAUUGGAUGGAUAGGCUGUCUAUCAUAAUUACCUGUCCUCCUUAUUGGAUGGAUAGGCUGUCUAUCAUAUCCACCUGUCCUCCUUAUUGGAUGGAUAGGCUGUCUAUCAUAUCCACCUGUCCUCCUCAUUGGUGGAUAGUCUUCCUCCCCUCCUUAUUGGUUGGAUAGACUGUCCAUCUAUCUGCCUGCCUGGUCUGCAAUAGGGACAGUCCUAUGGCCUGGAAGCAUGUUCAUACUGUACAGUCCAUAUGUGUAUUCUUAUAUAUUUUUUAAAGAGACAAAAGGUAUACAUUUAGUUCAGUUCUAGAUGUUUUAUUUAUACAUUUGGUUUGUGUUUUUAUAAUUUAUACAGUUACACUGUACUUACUAUCAACCAUGUUAUUGUUACCACCCGUUUUUAUCAUGGUUCUUUUUAUUUUUCAUUAUUUUUAUAUUAUGAAGAAAUAUAUUUGUCCAAAGAGAAGCAGUGUUAUUUAUUAAGUAAAGUAUCCAUCUUCUUUCUGUAAAUGGCAUCAUUCUUCCCUGAGCUGUAAAAAAAAAAAAAAAAAAAAAAUGCUUUCUCACUUUCACAUAUCUUUAUUAUCACAGAUGUUUAUCAUUCACACAUUGAUGCAUGUUUAACCUACUAUGUGUUUAUUUAUGGGUUAUCUAUCUUAUCUGUCAAUCGUUUAUAUACAGAAAUGUCUUGUUUACACCUCAUUAUAACUGGCCAAAGGGAUUCUGUCAAUGGUUCUGCAGUGUAACGGUGCUUUGUAUGUAUGGUGCAACGUGGUUAUAGCUGGUAGCCCCUGGUCCCCAGAUCUUUUGCCUUACUCCUUCAUUGCCAAGCUAUUGACAAUUAUACGAGUUGGCAGAAGAGCAGAAGCCACCUGGCACCUAGGAUAUGGUGACAUUAGUCCAGCAUGAGUUCUGGAAGUUAGGCUACUUUCCCAAUGGAGAUGUUAUGUCUAACCCAGAUGUCACUCAGUAGUAGUAUUUUUAUAUUUUACAUGUUAGAAAAUAUAUGUUUUAUUUUUUUAAAUUUUUUUUUGGGACAACACUUGAUUUUGUCAGAGAAAAAAAAAUGUGCCGUGAACAAAUUUUAUGUGCUGCCAAUGUUUUGUUCAAUAUUGCUCUUGCAGAUAUCACCUGACUAGGAGGCUACAGAGAAGUACUUAUAUUAGCAUAUCGAACAUAUCGCUUUGCUUUGUUUCCACUGGCAACGCUGUUGUUGUUGUCAGAAUGCAUUUUUUUUUUAAUUUUCAAACAUCACAAGAGAAAUACAAUUAGAAGUAUAUAGUUUUGUAUUUUUUUUUUUAAUGUAAAUGUCAUAUGUACAUACAAAGUGUGAUGGUAUUUGUACAGAUAUGAAAAGAGUGAAACAAUAAAAUAUAAUGUUCCCA